CCUCUCCUCACAUCCCCCACACCAUACUUUCACUGACUAUGCAUUGGCAGAUUCUGCCAAAUUCUACCUGUAACUGGCUUUAUUCUUCAAGUCAAAUGUUUGCCUGCCCUGCCCCCUGCAACAAGGAGCCAUGCCAGCUGGACACACACUUCUUCCAGGGCCCCUAGCAGCCAGGACAGAGUUGAGACCACAGCUGUUGAGGCCCUAAGCCCUGGGUUUGUGUAGCUCAAGGAAGGCCUCCCCCAACAAUGGCCUCCUCAUUGUUCCUGGCCUUCCUCUUCCUGGCUCCAGUCACAAUGGCCACUCCCAGAGCUGGCAGUCAGUGUCCAGCUUGUGGGGGGCCUGCCUUGGAUGUGGAGAGCCAGCGGGAGCUGCUUCUGGACCUGGCCAAAAGAAGCAUUUUGGACAAGCUGCACCUCAGCCAGCGCCCAGCACUGAGCCGACCUGUGUCCAGAGCAGCUCUGAGUACUGCACUUCAGCACCUCCAUGGGCCCCCACAGGGGACACUUCCAGAAGACAACAGGGGACAGGAAUGUGAAAUCAUCAGCUUUGCCAAAACAGGACUCUCCAACAUCAACCAGACUCAUCUUGAUUUUCACUUCUCUGAUAGAACUGCUGGUGGCAUGGAAGUCCAGCAGGCCAGCCUCAUGUUCUUUGUGCAGCUCCCUCUCAAUGCCACCAAGACUUUGAAAGUCAGGGUCCUUGUCCUAAGCCCACAUGACACCAACCUCACCUUGGCUACUCAGCACUUACUGGAAGUGGAUGCCAGUGGCUGGUACCAGCUCCCCCUAGGGCCUGAAGCUCAGGCUGCCUGCAGCCGGGGACACUUGACCCUCAAGCUGGUACCUGAAGGCCAGGUAACCCAGAGCUCAGUCAUCCUGGCUGAGGCUGUCCAUAGGCCUUUCAUAAUGGCCCAGGUGAGAGUUGGGGGCAAGCACCGGGUUCGCCGACGAGGCAUUGACUGCCAGGGAAGGUCCAGGAUGUGCUGUCGACAAGAGUUCUUUGUGGACUUCCGUGAAAUUGGCUGGCAUGACUGGAUUAUCCAGCCUGAAGGCUAUGCAAUGAACUUCUGCACAGGGCAGUGCCCACUGCAUGUGGCAGGCAUGCCUGGUAUCGCUGCCUCCUUUCACACUGCAGUGCUCAAUCUGCUCAAGGCCAACACAGCCGCAGGCAGUGCUGCAGGGGGCUCAUGCUGUGUGCCCACAGCCAGGCGCCCCCUGUCUCUGCUCUACUAUGACAAGGACAGCAACAUUAUCAAGACUGACAUACCUGACAUGGUGGUAGAGGCCUGUGGGUGCAGUUAGUCUGUGCGUGGUCCAGGCAGCCUAAGGUGAGCAAACUGAAGUUUGGGUGCAGAAAUUCCCCUCCUUGAGAGGAGAGAAUGACCUCAUUCUCUGUCCAGAGUGUAGGCUCCCUCUUCCUGAGCAACCUACAGAAAUGGUCUCAUCCUUGGCUUGAUACUUGAUGAGACCUUCAUUUUAAUGACCUCCUCCUAGGGAUAGUCUGUCCAGCUAGCUCUACUGCUCCAUUUCCACUCCAGGGACUCAGAUCCACCCCCAACUGUGAGCAAUACCAUCUGGUUCCCAGGAAGACAUCCUUAGCUCACCCUUAACUGACCAUAAUCCACCAUCCCUUCCUGCCCUUUCCAUGUGAUGGUCCCCAUUCUAGGUUGAGUUGACCCAGCCUCUUCUCUGGAUUUUCUGAGUCUGGAGAGAGCUCCAGAGAGCUCUUCCUGGGAUUCACCAGAGAAUAGAUCACUGCUCUCCAACGAUGAAGCUUACCCGGCUCUGAGUCUUGAGCCCCUUUCCUCCUUACUUGCCCACGGGAGCUACAAAUGCUCUUUGCAUACCCUCAUCUAUUUUUUGUCCUUCUCUGUCUUUCUCUAUGUCCAUAGGAGCUGACUCACCUGACCUACCCUGCCUUCUGGCUUCCUGAUGGGUUUGACUAAGGAGGACACAGGCAGGAGGCCAAAGAAUAGGAGGAGAUAGAGAUCAGGAUAUUUCUUACUCUUGCUUCCUGUGCCUAGGUGCCAUCGUACCUGUGGCUGUGCUGUGUCCCUGUAGCACCUCUCCGGUUACCUCUUUCACAGCUCCAGCUUUGCCUGGGUUCUGCUAUCAUUGCUUCAACAUUCGGGGGUCCUAAUGACUCUAAUGAUGCUCCACCUCGCUAUCCCUGGGGGUGUCCACAUCCCUCGUUGGUUCUCCUAACCCUGACUACACCUCUGUAGUAAUUCUUUCACUGUGUCCUCUUGAUGAAGCAAAUCCAGGUGCUUAGUUUAGUAGGUUUUCUACUGCCAGGACCUUAACUGGCACCCCAGAAGACCCAGAGCCUGUCUGUCUUGCCUACUCUGCUCUCUCUUAACAUCUCUAUUGCAUCCAUCUCAUGCUUCAUGCCUCUUCCUCCCCAGGCUGUCUCUUCUGCUUUCUUAAGCCCUCCCUCCACCUUUUCAGAACCAUCUUUGAUGGUCUCGUGGCUAAUACAAGACCUAGAUUUUAUUUGCUCCUCUCCUCCCUCUGUACUCAUUCCCAAAAAAUGAGACAAAUCAAUGCUCAAUCAUUAAGUAAGCCAACAGUCUGUGGCCACACAAGUAGUGAGAGGCAGAGGCAUGCUCAGAGCUGAAACCAGCACCUCUGACUUGCCUCCUUUCACCUGCCCCCCAGGGCUAUACCCGGGAGAUCUGCCUGGUAGCUGGAACUGGCAAGGAUUACUUGAGUGGGACAGGGAAAAGAAGAGGAAGGCCUGGGACAAAGAGAGGGUGGCAUUUGCUCUGAGACAGGUUUUCUUUAGACCUUUGCCCUUCUUUCCCCCCAGUCUCCUCCCUUUGGCUGGACAAUUCUGAACUGUGAGGUCGAUAUUGUCUGCAGCCCAAGGCCGAGUUUGCGUAAAACCCAUGUGUCCUUUGGUGAACGUGAUGUCUGUGUUUGCUCAGUUUAUAAUCCUCUCCUGCCAGGAUAAGAGGUCCCUGAAAUUGGAGUCCUAGAGGAGAAAGUCUGAAGGGACCUCCUGGGGAACUACAGAUCUGAGCUGGAGGCUUCCUGAGCAACCUGUGGAAGUUUCCCGUAUUUGACUUGAGGAGACCUUUAUCUCAGGAGAAUCUGAAGUCCUCUGGUGUCUCUCCCUCUCCUUUCUGCCAGUGUCACCUCCCCCUCCAAUCCCCUGCACUCCUGAUCUAACCUGCUUCCUCCCCACCUACAGCUUUAGUCCCCAGGACCAAGACUGAGGCAAGGUGAAGUGAGGUGCUCACCUUGGGGCAAAAUUUGAAGGGGAUAGCAAGAACCAUCAUCAAUCAAGAUAAAUAAGAUUUUAAUGCAAUAUUUCUGAAAAUCAAAAUUAAUGCAAAAAAAGUUCACAGCAAAAUAGCAUAUUUUAAAAUAAAUACAGGAUCAGUAUUAUUCCUUUUCUUUUUUGGCUCGGCUUUUUGUAAAAGGGGGAAAGAGUGGGUCCGUCUUUUUCCAAAUAUUUUCUUUUAGAGCCUUCUAGCCCCUACCUCUAGACUCCUUCAGGCUUUUCUCAUUUGGGCAAGAUAACCCCUCCCGCUUCUUCUACUUGCUUACCCACCCCAAACCUGUUGUUGCUACCCCCAGCCCCCAACCAGGUUGGUGGUAGGGCAGGCAGUGAGGCAGAUGGCUGGGGUAUUUAUAACCUAGGAGCACUUCUUGGGAAAAGUGACUAAGAUGGUAAGAGCAUAUUUAUAGCUGAGCUCUGACGUAAGUGUCAGUAGGGAGGUAGGGCCAGGCCAGGCGCAGCAGCAAGUGGGUGGGAAGAGCUGGAAAUUGGGGGCGCCCAACCUAGAGGGCAGGGAGAGAUUGGGUCAGUGACUCCCACAGCCACUUCUGAUUGCUCCCCCAUCUCUGUCUCCUUACUCCAACAGGUAAGCCCUCUGAGGCACCACGGUGGGCAGACACCUCCACUUUGCAGUUCCAGACCCCAAGGGGUAGAAGGCUGUUACUCACCAGCCCCCAACAGAGAAGGGGCUGGGGGCUGGGGACACCCCUGCAUAGAGGCCUGGGGAGCAAUGCAGGGUGGACAGGAGGGUCUAAAGAGUCUCAUUGCCCCUCCUCCCUUCUCCAUCAUGUGGUGCCCUGAGGUGCUAGAAGAGCCUGGCACUAGAAAAGCCUGGCACCGAGCCAGGCAUCAAGCUCGAGCCAUGGCAUCAAGCUCCAUCAUGUCAUCAUGAUGAGGUCCAAAACCAAAGGUAGCAGUGAGUUGGAUCCUGAAGACAGCCUCUGUUCUCUGGCAGUGGUGACAGAGAAAGAGCAGAGGAUCCAGCUUCUCGGUGACUCCUAUGGGCAAAGUAGGGUCCCCAGAAUGAGAGGUUGAGCAGUGCUCCCUUGCUCCACUCCCGGGAGCAGCCCCCUUCCUUGUCCCUGGGAAGCACCAGUCAGCUACUAGCCACCAGCUGUCCAGUGGCACGGCACUGCCACAUAGUGGACAUUGGUGGUACUGAGGCCAAGCCCUCACAGUGCAACCCCUGCCCCCUGGUGCCAGAUCUGUCUCUCUGGACAGUGCCCAGCUAAGUAAAGGGGAGGUAAAUAAGGAGGAGGGACAUAUUUCUGAAUCUCACUUACUCCCCAGCCUUUUCUCUCUCAAGCGUCUUGUUUGUUGUUGUUUUUUUUGAGACAGAGCCUCAAGCUGUCGCCCUGGGUAGAGUGCAGUGGCUUCACAGCUCACAGCAACCUCCAACUCCUGGAUUCUUCUGCCUCAGCCUCCCAAGUAGCUGGGACUACAGGUGCCUGCCACAACGCCCGGAUAUUUUUUGGUUGCAGCCGUCAUUGUUGUUUGGCGGGCAUGG